CACUUUUUCAACGCGAUGUCAAGGAGUGACAGUUCCAGAUAACUAACAUCUGAUGUGGCUAAAAAACAGUGUUGUUUGUCAUUAAACAGUUUUAAAGACGAUGUCGUGAUUUCUCUAGCUCUGUUUUGGAACGUAAAGACAAUAUAAAAUGGCGUACCAGACACUCAGCAAUGAAUAUAUGAAUAUGCCCCCUGUGACCAGGGCAUAUACUACAGCUUGCAUUAUCACAACAUUGGCAGUGCAAUUGGAACUAACCUCUCCAUUUCAAUUAUAUUUCAAUCCAAUUUUAAUUGUAAAGCAGGGGCAGAUAUGGAGAUUGAUAACGACGUUUUUAUUCUUUGGGACGUUCGGGUUCAACUUCUUCUUCAACAUGAUAUUUACAUACAAAUAUUGCAGAAUGCUGGAGGAAGGUUCAUUCAGAAAUAGAACCUCCGAUUUUGUGUUGAUGUUCCUGUUCGGAGCUGCUUUCAUGAUUGCAUUUGCAUUCUUUGUAAAUUUACUAUUCUUAGGACAAGCCUUUACCAUUAUGAUAGUGUACAUAUGGUCCAGAAGAAAUCCUGAUGUGAGAAUGAACUUUUUUGGCCUAAUUAAUUUCCAAGCUCCAUAUUUGCCUUGGGUCCUGUUAGGUUUUUCUGUGCUGCUUGGAAAUGCAGUUUAUGUAGAUUUGGUGGGAAUUGCUGUCGGGCAUAUCUAUUUCUUUUUGGAAGAUGUGUUCCCAAAACAGAGAGGAGGAUUUAAAAUUCUAAAAACGCCAACAUUUUUAAGAUCAUUGUUUGAUCCAGUGGAGGAUGUGAAUUAUGCGCGCUUACCUGAAGAACACCCUGGCGGUUUUGAAUGGGGUGGCAAUAACGCCGACAGGCCACUCAACGACGAUCAACUUGCCAAUAACCAACAGUGAUACCAAAAUACUAUGAAAUUUUUUUUUAACAUCCUGUAAUUUUUAUUUAAAACAUCUAUUUGUAUUUUUUUAUGGUAACGAUUAUAAUUUUUACCGAAUCAGUUAUCGUUUAAUUCUAUUGGAUGAUAGAUUAUACUGUUACAUAUAUUGUUUAAUAAACGUUUCUUUAAUA